AUGUACUACGAGUUGUUGGCCAUAUCCAGAAUUCUGGAUCCACAGCAGAUGGCAAAGGAGGCCAAGAAGAUCGUUUCCACCAUCGGAAAGUUGAUUUUGAACAACAGAGGAGUGAUACGCGAUGUCACCAGUAUGGGUCCAAGAGUUCUUCCAAAGGUAAUUUCCAAAGAUCAAGAAAGACAUUUUCAAGGAUAUCAUUUUCUUAUGGGAUUCGACGUGUCUUCAAGUGUACAGCAGGAGUUGUUGAGAACACUUCGCAGAGAUCCCAGAGUGCUUCGUGCCAACAUAAUUCGUCAUGAUUUGGCCAAUAAAUUGUCGCCAGGAACCUCUUACCAACGAGCUUAUAAUAGUAUCCCCAAACAGGUGUAA